AUGGAGGGUCGGAGUUCUCCAUCAAGCUAUGACUUGGUUGAACGGUCUGCUUUAACUUGGCAGGAACAAGUUCACAAAGGACUCAAAAGUGAUGCUGUUCGACUGCGACUUCGAAUGUACUCGACGUUAUCAACAAAAUGCAGCGAGUCCAAGGAAAUGCAGAAGCAAGUUGGGCAGUUCUUUGGAGGAGCUACUUCUUCACUCAUAAAUGUAAUCUUCGAUGACCUGCAUUCAACCGAUAAGACGUUGCGUAUUGCGGCUGCACGGGUGUUGUGCCUCAUGGCGUACGAGAAUCUCACGAACCAGCAAUUGAUCAUUCAGAGUCAAGCGGAUGGAGACGAAGAGCAGAUUGGCGUCACUGUCGGUUGGGUGCAUGUCUUCUCAGUACCCCAGCUGCUACGAGAUCGAUACGAGUUGCACUGCGAAGAACGUGGAGUCUUCACAACCCCAAAAGGUCAAAUCGAGUUUAUUUCGAACGUGGUCAAAGACAAUUACGCGUCCAUUUACAGUCGAAUUGGUCGCUACUAUGCUGAAGGAUGUCGCGAGUUCCUGCCGCUUUGUUGGUCUUACAGUCUAGUGCACGAUUCUUCGGGGAUAACUGAUAUGAUUGACGUUCCCGAUCCUUCCGAAAACGUCUUGGGGUUUUACCUUGUUCCGAGACAAAUGCAGUUCCCGGAACAGGAUGACUAUUUCCUACACGACAUGUUGGCCUCCAUUCAAACAAAACCUGAAGUUUUGCGUCUUCAACAAGCUCAUACAGCGUUCCAACAAGUAGCUUUCCGAACGACAGAAGCUAACGCGACGGCGUUAAAGACAACUCUGCAAGGGGUAUACAGUAUACCAAACAAGGAAGAAGAUGCGGUUCUCCUAAAUCAGCAGGACAAUAAGGUUUUUCAUUGGUUGGAAUCGUUCCCGAAACGAAUGGUAACUUGGAACGAGCUACUGAUUUGGAGUUGCACUGACAUGAACACCGAGGAAAUGCUCAAGCGCUUUGGUGCAGAGUCAUUUGAGAUAGUUAAUACUACGUUUCGAAGGUUAACGUUAGGAUCUGAAGUACAAGAACACUCUUACGUAUGGGAACCUGUCUUUGUCGGGGCACUUCUGGACAACCCGGAGCUUCCUGCUGAGCUAAAAUCCAACAUCCGAGCCUUGUCCAGUGGAUACGUCAACCGACUUAAUCUCUCGAGCUGGAAAGCUAAGACCGACAAAGCGUGGAAGUAUUUAUUCCCACUCAAACUGACAGAAAUUCAUCCGAUCAGUUGGAGUGUAUUUCUAAGCAAAUGGCGUCAAAGUGCAGAUGCAAAACCGGAUGAAGAACCGCAAAUUAUUCCUCAGAGCGACCGGCGACAUCACUCCGUUGGCGAAUGCACCAAUCCAGCCUUGUUAAUAGCUCGGAAGAACGUUUUAGCCACUUUAACGCACAAUUCUCGUAUCUUCCACAGUCUCCGCGACUUGAACCAGCUACGUCAGCAACUCCCACUGAUCGCAAACCGACCACCCGAACUCAAGAAGCGCAAACUUAAGGAAAAUCGCAUGCUGUUUCGCAAGUACCAACACUCCUCUUUAAAAUUAGAUGAAGCCACACGGCAACGCUUAGAAGACAAGCGAGAAGCUCGAUACAAAGCGCAUGAAAAAGCGGCCGAAAACCGAAAGAAGACCGAGAAACUCGCUACUCAGCGACAACACGAGCUGAUUCGCUCUAAACGCGACAAAUUUGCCAAAGCGCAGGAGCGAAUACGACGCAAAGGAUAUCGCUGGAAGGCUCAUCAUGAAGCGAGACAAGAGCGUCAUCAACGCGCGCAAUGGUGGCAACAGAUGCAACACGAAGAUCUGUUAGCCCGGCAGGGGGAAUUUAUGCAGCAACAAAAGGACGAAACAGCGAGGAGACUCGAGCAAGACCAAGGCCAGAACGUACGUAGGCCUGAAGUAUUCACGCCUCAACCUCCGUCCUCUCCUGAACGGCAAUAUUCCUGUCCACACAGACCUUUAUCCGCGCGGACAGCUACUGACCCGCAGACUAUGCGUGAACGCGCUAACGUGUACGGCUGUGCGGCCUCAAAAGCUUUCGCGGCGCGAAGGCCACAAACUGCACGAGCGGAUUUCUACUCGGGGCCUCAAAGUCCUCGUAAGCAAAAAACUUCCAGUUUUCGUCGAGUUCGACCGGCAAGUGCCAAUAGCAAAAGAAGUGACACACCCAGUGCAACUCCCGCAAUUGAAGUAAACAGGAGUGAUGGUCAGUUUUUCGAAAUGGCAAAUGCCUGCCAAACGCUCGUGAUGUCCAACGCAGCGCAUGCUGUAGCGCAAGAAAUCGCCAUCCCGCCUGUAGCUGACCCUGUUCCGGAAGAAGAAAGCGUGCCGCCUGCAAUUAUCAUGGCGCAGUACUGGGCGCUGGAAAAGGAGCAGAGGUUUAAGUUGCACGAGCGCUAUUGUGUCAAUCGGGUCAGUCACAAACUCACGCUCGCAGUAUUGCAACAAUUGACUCAUGAGAUGCGGCAAGACACUGCGUGGCGAGAGUUUCUCAAGGCGGCAGGAGGAAUUGCAAGCGUGAAACGAAACAAAAACAAACGAGAAGCCAAGAUUACGUAUACUGCAUUUGCCAGCGUAGUGCAGCAACUAGGCAUCCAAGUGCCUCCUAAGCGGAUACAAAGUGUAGCACGCAGCUUAGACCCGUGGAAAACAGGGUUCGUCUCCUGGGAAUCGUUUUACACCUGGUGGAGUGCGCAAAAGUAG